UCUCAACAGGACAGCAUCAUACUGCGGAUCAAUCAAAAGAGAAAUGUCGUCUGAGAAUCCAAUACAAAUGAUGGCACAUUAUAAAUCUUCAAUCAUACAAAUGGUUCCAUAUUUUAUGAGGGAAGAGAAUAAGGAAAAUAGUGAUGAUUAUGAACCAAAUGUGGUUUCACUUGGGCCUUACCACCACGGAAAGGAGAAGCUCAAGUUCCUUGAGGAAUAUUUCAAGCCUAUGGCCGUUGAACUGUUCAUUGGAAACAGUAGUGUAGGCGAAGACGACUUAAUGGUUGCAAUUCUAGGAGAAAUUAGGUGUGCUAAGAGUUGUUACCUGCAAGAAUUCACCAGUAAGUACAGUGAUGAAGAAUUUGCUCGAAUGAUGCUUCGUGAUGCAUGUGUCAAUCUAAAUGAUAUUGGACCAACGGAGGGCCAUGUGUUAUAUAAAAAAUUCUGGAUGAUUCAGCAUCUUGGUGCUGUUGUUUAUGCCAACAUUGGACGUGACAUGUAUUUGCUUGAGAAUCAGGUACCUUUCCAGAUUCUCAAGACGUUAUUUUUUUUCAUAUAUAAUACUCAUGAUGGAGAUAAAUUUGUAGAGAACGUGGAAAAUUUUUGCUUUAAAAUAUUCUUCCAUGACAGAGAUAUUGAAAAACCUAUGACACCAAUCAUUUGGGGAGGGAACCCCUUCACCUUCUUGAAAUUUUUCGAAGAGUAGCUGUCACAGGCCUGGAUUACGAAAGUACAGCACUUGCAAAUCGCAGAAGUAGCAGCUGCUGCUGCGAUAUCAAUAGCUUGAUAUCGUGCCUCGGAUGCAGAACCGAAGAAUCAUCAGUUAAUAGUACUGAGUGGGACGUGUUUCGUUUUGUGACAGAUCUGAAAUCAAAGGGCAUCUAUUUGAAGGCCAGUGGGAUUAAAUCACUCAAGGGUGUAAGGUUUAAUCCCAGUAGUAAUAUGUUUCAGACUGCCUAUCUCAAGCUCCCAAGCUGGCAAGUUACAGUGUACACCAGAGUGUUUUUCAUGAACAUGAUCGCGUAUGAGUUCUCUCCCUAUUUUGAAAUGACUAAAGAUGUGGCCGCUUACGUGAGACUCAUGAAGCUCCUGGUGGUUUCAACUGAUGAUGUGAAGGAGCUGCGAGAGCAGAAAAUCAUAGUAAAUAAUUUAGGAAUUGAUGACGCACAAGUGGUUCAACUGUACAAUGUUUUGAAAACUUAUGAGACAUUCGAUGACGACAAAUUUUUCCGGGUUGUCAAGAGAGAUAUGGAAGAGCACAUAAAGAACAAAGCCAAGACUUGGAUGGCUGAACUCAAAGCUCAAUUGAGAACUAAUUAUUUUAACAAUCACUGGUCCAUAAUUGCUUUCGCUGUCACUAUUUUCAUCAUCUGCUUAGAUAUUAUCCAGACUUACUGUGCAGUAGUACGUACAUCCUAAUGCUGCUGCUGAUAAUCAAUCUUCUUCACGAAAGGAAGAUUUUGAUUUCUCUUUCAUAUUAUUUUUGUGUGUUGAUCGAAUCAUACCAUCAUCCAUGCAGUUGGUCUAUAUAUGUUUGUGUUUAUCGUGUGGUGCAUUGUUGCUUUUUAAUUCGAUCUAGU